UCUCCAGAGCAAUCCAAUGUCACCUCAUACGCUGCCACGACUGUGGCCAUUGUCAUCCUUGAGGCAUUUGCUGGCAUGUGGAUAAAUGCUUUCAUUGUUUCUGUGAUUUGCAUGUCCUGGAACAAAAGGAAAACCUUGAACUCUAAUGAGAAGAUCUUGCUGGUUUUGGGAUCCUCCCGGUUUUGGUUUUUGUGUUUUGCGUGGAUAUAUUACUUUCUUUCAACAAUGUAUCGCAAUUACCGUUAUGUUCACCCCAUAUUUCAACUACUUUCAGUUGCUCUUAGAUUUUUUAAUUGUUCCGAAGUUUCUGUGUCAGCCUGUCUUUGUGUCUUUUAUUGUAUAAAAAUUGCCAAUUUCAGGAACAGCUUCUUCAUCUACCUGAAAGUAAAAAUUGACAGGAUGGUGGCCUGGCUCUUGUUGGGGUCAGUGCUUUUCUCCCUGGUUAUUGGAAUCCUUCUCUUUGAAAUCAUUGAUAAAUCUCAAUGUAACAAUUCCACUGGUCGAGAAAAUUUGUGGAAAGUGAAAAUCAAGAUAGAUGAACAUUUUCUUCCUAUUUAUUUUAUCAGUGGCUUUGGAUAUGCUGCUUCGUUCAUGGCAGUCAUCCUUUCUGUCCUUCUCCUUCUCUUUUCCCUCUGGAGACACAAACGCAACAUG